AUGGACGACAACAACAUGAGAAGGGUGUCAAGAAUUCUUAUGUCUCCAUCACCACCGACCCCACCUCUAGUUUCCUUCAUUGCAACUCUUGCAAUUGCAACGUUAAUCUUCCUGUGCCUCUAUGUUUUUUCAGCCAUUGUUUCUGUGGCCAUACUUCUAGCCCUUUACAUCACAUCAGUGUUCCUUUGCAAGUUUACUCGUGACAAUCGUGAACUGAAUGCUGAAUUGAGAGAAAGAACCUCUUUUUAUGCCCAAAUCCCUCCAAAUAACCAAAGGGUAGUGAGAAUUUUCAAUAAGCUUUUCUGGGUUGUUGAGGAAAAGAGGGGAAAGCAAAGGAAACUACUAAUAGGAUCUGUUGUGUGUUUUGGAAGCCAAGAAAUGGCAUCAUCAAGUAGUAGUGAAUGUGCAAUUUGCUUUGAGGAUUUCAAGGAGGGAGAAGAAUGCCUUGUUUUCUCAGUUUGUGGCCACAUUUUCCAUUGUGAUUGUAUCCACCGUUGGGUAGAGAAGAAGCCCAAUUGCCCAAUUUGUCGUCAUUGUGUCCCAUCAGCUGCCACCAUGAUCACUAAAUCUAGAAGCAUAGAACUGCUGGCAAAUUUAGUUUAG